AUGCUUAGGUCGACACAUACGCCAUCGGCAGCUGCUCUGGCACCGCUCCCUCCAGGAUGGAGUGAGCACACAGCGCCGACGGGUCAUACAUAUUACUACAAUGCCGAAACCAAAGCAUCAACAUACACGCGCCCAGGUGUUCAACCCCCUCCACAACCCGCGCAAACUCCUGCGUACCCAGGCUAUGGCUCAAUACCGUCUCUGGCCGAUCCUAACGCUGCCAAUGCGUAUAUGGCACAAAUAAACCAGGAACAGAACGGACCACGGAAUUCCAGCUCGCGAGGGGGCCAUGGGGGCGGCCGUGGGGGCUUUGAAGGUCGACCACGUCCGCAACCUGUCGACAAACCAAGGAGGAAAGAGCCGAUCCCAGGAUGUGAACCAUGGAUUCUAGUAUAUACGAAGUACUCGAGGCGCUUUGUAUACAACCCUGUCAAGAAAACCAGCUACUGGCGCAUUCCCGAGAAAUUGAUGCCAGGUAUCCUGGAGCUUGACAGGGCGCGGCUUCGACAGAUAGCCACAGGAGGAGCCCAAGAAGACACAGAAGCCAAGCAGGAUGAGAAGCAAGAGGAGCAAGCAGCAUCGCAGAAGGCUGACGCCUCUGCCCCCGCGCCAGCCCUCGACGAUGACGACAGCGAAUAUGAAGAAGUCGAAGUUACGGAUGACGAAGGCGAGGGUGGUGAGGGCGACGGAGAACACCCAUCAAAACGACAACGGACCGCAGAACCUGAUGCCAAUGCAGAUGCAUCGUUGGAGUUUACAGAAGCUGAUUUUGCAGCACAACUACAAGCCAUGGGAGACGAUUAUGGCCUCGAACCAGGCGAUUAUGACGAUGGCAAUGCGGAGGAAUGGCCUGAAGGUGCUGAGGGAGUGCCAUUAUCCGAGGACGACGCGAAAUAUUUAUUCAAGGAUCUCUUGAAUGACUUCAACAUCAAUCCCUACAGUCCAUGGGAGAAACUCCUUGAGGAAGGCAAGAUCAUCGAUGAUCUACGGUAUACGGCACUCAGCACAACGAAAGCACGUCGUGAUUGCUGGGACGAGUGGACACGUGAGAAGAUCGCAGAAUUGAAGGAACAACGGGCCAGGCAGGAAAAGCGGGAUCCUCGUAUUGCUUACAUGGCAUUCCUGCAAGAAAAGGCAACGCCGAAGCUGUACUGGCCCGAGUUCAAGAGGAAAUACAAAAAAGAAGACGUCAUGAGAGAUCACAAGAUCAAUGACAAGGAUCGCGAGAAGGCGUAUCGAGAACACAUUAGCCGGCUGAAAAUGCCACAGUCUAAACUCAAGUCCGAUCUCACUGCUCUUCUCAAAGCCCAGCCCGUGCACCUGCUCAACAAUAAGUCGUUGUCAACCGGCUUACCCGACCCGGUCCUCACCGACAUUCGAUUCAUAUCGCUCGAGCCCCAGAUCCGUGAUCCCCUGAUCGAGGCUUACGUGAGCAACCUACCUCCGCCACCUGAGGACCUCGAUGCAGCAAAGGACAAGGAGGAGGAGCGAAAGCAGCGUGAUGCACGAGACAAGCGCGAGAAAGCCUUGGAAGAAAGGAACCGUGUAGUCGAGGAGCAAAGAAGGAAGCGGGAUCGAGAAGUGGCUGCUAGCAAAGCUAGAUUGAGGGACGAGGAGAGGGAACUUGAAAUGGCCAUGAGGGUGGGUAAACAAGGACUGCAGAGUCAACUUGCUAGCAUGAAGGUUGCGGAAAACGAGCCAUGA